AUGUCUGCUUUCGACGGUGAUCGCAAUGGUAUCCUCGAUGGUCGGGAACAACUCGAUCGAAUCGAACAAAACGUCGCUGAUGUCAAUCGAGAUGGCGCAUUGAACACCAACGAAUUCUCUCGAGUUGAAGAUCCGAGAAAAUUUGCUAUGUACGACACGAAUCGUGAUGGACUUGUUGACAAUCCUGAAUAUGCACAAGGAGAGCGUGCCACCGAACAUCAAUAUGGUUUUUAA